AAGCAGCUGAGCGAGAGCAGGUGUUUGCGUUCGUUCCGAAAAGUGACAUACGCCGCUCGUUCUGUCUCGCUUCUCCUGUUCUUUAAAAAAGGAACCUCUCGGGAGUCCGGAGAGGCGUUGCAUUUUAUUUUUUUUGCAAUCUCUUCGCGUUUUUGCCAUUUGACAUACACCGACCCACAAAACCAUGGUGGUCUUUAAGCGGGUCAAGGCGUUCCGGCUGGAGUUCGAAGAGAACGGCCGCGUGUAUUCCAGCGGUGAGAAAGUGGCCGGCCGCGUGGAAGUGGAGGUGGCCGAGGUCACGCGUGUCUCGGCCGUGCGCUUCCUGGCCUGCGGGGUGGCGCGCGUGCUGUGGAUCCGGGGCCCGCAGCAGUGCAAGCAGGAGAUGGAGUACCUGCGCCACGAAUCGGUGCUCCAGCUGGAGGACCAGCCCACCGAUAAAGAUGGUUCAGUUUUGCUGAGACCUGGAAACACCUACCAAUACAAGUUCAACUUUGAACUGCCCCAAGGGCCCCUCGGCACCACUUUUAAGGGCAAGUAUGGCUGUGUGGAUUACUGGGUGAAGGCCUUCUUGGAUCGCCCCUCCUUCCCAACUCAAGAGGUGAAGAAGCGCUUUGAAGUGAUGGAUCAGAUUGACGUCAACACUCCAGAUCUGAUGUCUCCUGUCUCAGCCAAAAAGGAGAAGAAAGUUUCUUGUAUGUUCAUCCCAGACGGACACGUCUCUGUUAGUGCGAGGAUUGACCGCAAAGGAUUCUGUGAAGGCGAUGACAUCUGCAUCAAUGCCGACUUCGAGAACACCUGCUCCCGGAUCGUGGUGCCCAAGGCAGCCAUUGUGGCCAAGCACACCUACCUGGCCAACGGGCAGACCAAGAUGUUCUCCCAGAAGCUCUCCUGCGUCCGAGGCAACCACAUCACCUCCGGCAUGUCCGAGUCCUGGCGGGGAAAGACGCUCCGAGUCAGGAAGAUCAAGCCAUCCAUCCUGGGCUGCAAUAUCCUGCGAGUGGAGUAUUUCCUGCAGAUCUACGUCAGCGUCCCCGGCUCCAAGAAGAUCAUCCUGGAGUUGCCCCUGGUCAUUGGCAACAAGUCCAGCUUUGGCAGCCGCAAUUCCAGCAUGGCCAGCCAGACCAGCUCCGAGAUGAGUUGGGUGGACCUCAACAUCCCCGAUACUCCAGAAGCACCUCCGUGCUACCUGGAUAUCAUCCCUGAAGACCACCGGAUCGAGAGCCCCACCACUCCACUCCUGGAUGAGCUGGACAAUUCUUUCGACAGCCCCAUCUUCAUGUACGCUCCCGAGUUCAAAUUCAUGCCGCCACCAACCUACACAGAGGUCGAUCCUUGCACUGUGAACAACAACAUUGUCCAGUGAACGCUGAAGGAAACUCCGGUGUGGCUGUGAUUUUUAUCCAGCUUCUUUCUGGACUUUUUUCUUUUUUUCAAAAAAAAAAAAUUGCCCUCGGUAGCAAUUCUGCAACGCAGCAGAAGAAAAGGCACAGAAGGAAAAAAAAAAAAACCUUCCAGGUUGUCAAAUUGACCUCUCAGGAAACAAAAGUCGCCGCGGAGGAGCCGAAACCGACUUCCUUAGUGCCUUAGCACACCUGGGUUCCAGAUGAC